AAAAAAAAAAAAAAAAAAGGUCCGCUGAUCUGUGUGCGCACCCUCGUCGCCUCCCAGCGGCCGUCUCUGCCCCCUGAGCCAGAAAAACACCCGAAACCAGCCGGAGCAGCCCACUGCAGGGAUGGCUGCCGACGGAGCCCCGACCACGCUCGAAGAAAACGACGAGUUUCAUUCAUCCGACUUGGGCUCGUUUCAGGAGAACAGGGGCAACAUCCCGAAGAGGCAUGCCCGGGUCACGGUGAAGUACAACAGGAAGGAGCUGCAGCGGCGGCUGGACGUGGAGAAGUGGAUCGAGGAGAGUCUGGACCGGCUGUACAAGGGUCAGGAGAGUGACAUGCCAGACGAGGUUAACAUUGACGAUUUGAUCGACCUGCCUAAUGACGAGGAGAGAGUCCAGAAGUUAGAGGAACUUCUUCGAAAGUGCUCCAACAGCACAGAGACCUUCAUCAAAGAGCUGGUGGCAAAGCUGGAAGGGCUGCACAAGCAGGAGGAGCUGCAGAGCGAAGGCAUCGAGCACCCGGUCAUCUGCCACAGCCACCACCGCCACGAGCCCUACAGCUUCAACAACCCCCAUCCUCACUUCCACCAUGGCCGAGGCCAAAACCAGACCCUCUGAUGUCCCCGGGCCCCCUAAACACACAGCCCACACACAUACAUACACACACACA